AUGAAACAUGAAAAUAACGACGACGAGGGUCGUGGACAGCCGAACGCUACGAAAAUCGACAAACGGUCUGCCUACUAUAUAUGGCGGUCCGGCUUGGCAGGCGGAGUGGCCGGGUCGUGUGCGAAAACUUUGAUCGCGCCGCUAGAUAGGAUUAAAAUCCUUUUCCAAACUUCGAAUCCACAUUAUUUGAAAUAUUCGGGGUCAAUGCUGGGACUGUUGCAAGCGGGCCUUCACAUUAAGACAUAUGACGGACUUCGAGGCUUUUACCAGGGUCAUUCUGCCACGUUGAUUCGAAUCUUUCCCUACGCAGCCAUCAAAUUUAUCGCAUACGAACAGAUUCGACAUCUCAUGAUACCGUCUAACGAGUACGAGACUCCUACGCGUCGAUUGGUCAGUGGGUCAUUGGCUGGCCUUUGCAGCGUUUUCAUGACAUACCCGCUGGAUCUUAUAAGAGUCAGACUAGCAUAUCUCACAGAUCACAAACGCAUCAAAAUGCUGCCAGUAAUAAAACGCAUUUAUUCCGAGCCGGCAUCGGAAACACUCACAUCAAAGCAUAUAGUACCGAAAUGGUUCGCUCAUUGGUGUAACUUUUAUCGUGGGUUUACACCAACGGUCUUAGGUAUGAUCCCAUACGCGGGUGUAUCCUUUUUCGCUCAUGACUUAUGUGGCGAUAUUUUGAGAAGCCCACUAGUAGCACCCUACUCGGUGCUUCAAAUAUCCGACGAAGAAUUACAAUUGCGAUCGAAAUACGCAAAUAAUAGACCCCUAAUGACAUGGGCCGAACUAGUGGCUGGUGGUCUAGCAGGUAUGGCUGCUCAGACUGCUUCUUACCCUUUUGAGAUUAUCAGACGUCGGCUUCAAGUAAGUGCUGUGUCCCCCACGGCUGUCCACAAUUUUCAAACAAUUCCCGAAAUGUUUCGGGUAAUCUACAUGGAACGCGGCUGGAGAGGCUUCUUUGUGGGGUUGAGCAUAGGCUACAUCAAAGUUACACCGAUGGUGGCCUGCAGUUUUUUCGUUUACGAAAGAAUGAAGUGGUACUUGGGCAUCUAA